UUAAAAACAGUGACUGAUUUAAUACGUUUGUUAACAUGUAAAGCGUACCAGUGUUUAUAAGUCUAGAUCACAGACCUAUAUACAUAUAUUGUAGACUAGACACUUCAAACUCAACACUAUACAAAAAAUGUGAAAAACUUCAAAAAAGCUGAAAGAAGGACAAUGAGAUCGACAGCAAAACAAAAGGACAUGACUUCGUGAAGUCGUUCGCUCAUCAGAAACUGAAUUUCUACAAUCAAGUGAGGAAACUUCAUAGAACUGACCAGACUUCAAUUAAGUGAGGAGACCUCAAUGAAAUCAUAAAGCUUGAAGAUACUGUGACCAUACAUAUGUACGACAUUCAUUUCAAUCACAAUUUAAUCACAUUUUUGACAUUGGUACGAUGGAAUUCUGACAUUUAUGUAAUUUAAGCUUUAUGCACAAUUACAAUGAUAUGCAUUCACGGACUGACCAUUUAUAAGCAUUCGACGUUUGAAGAUCUUCAUGUAUUUAGCACUAGGAGAUCUAUAAUUCUUACCCGCUUGAAAAUGUUUAUGUAUUCACCACUUGAAGAUCUAUAAUUGUUAUCCGCUUGACAUCAAAUGGCCGGGGUAGAAAAAACUUUGGAACUUAAAGAUGCUUUAUAUUUCACUGCGGAAUUUCUUAUUGGCUUUGUGGCCGUGAGUCUGAACACAUUAGUUGUGUUGGCUAUAGUAAAGAAUCCAAGUCUGCACUCAACCGCCAACGCCUUCAUCUGUAACCUUGCUGCGGCGGAUAUAACUGUGGGGUUAUUUGUCACGCCGUCCGCUGCUAUGUCCUACAUAGGCUACCCUGGCGAUUUCUACGGCUGCCUCUUCAUCAGCUGCUUUGUGCUCAUCCUCACCAACGUGUCCAUCAUCAACCUGUUGGUCAUCGCAUUGGACAGAUUCUUCGCCAUCAAGGCGCCUUUCCUCUACCAGAAGGUGAUGACGAUGAGGAAGGUCUACUGCAUCAACUGCGGGAUUUGGCUCUUGGGGAUCAACACGGGGCUAAUCCCAAUGUACGGCUGGUCUCAACCUUACAGAGAGCUUACGUUCUGCAGGUUCAUUGAUGUGAUUAAAAUGGAGCACAUGGUCUAUCUGCAGUUCUUCGGCAUCAUUCUCACAUCCAAUAUAAUCAUGUUCGCUGUGUAUACAUACAUUUGUUUAGUGGUCAGAAAACACGCUAGGCAAAUAGACGAAAUGAAUAUGCGGUUCGCGAGCCAGGCAGAAAUACAUAGAGCCACCAAGGGGUAUCGAAAACAGGUUGUAGCGUCCAAGUUGGUCUUUCUAGCCGUGGCACUGUUCAUCUGCAGAACGCCCAUCAACAUCUUCAACUGCAUCAGCCUCUUCUGCAGGACCUGCAAGUAUCCAUACGUUCUGUUCCUCUGCACGAUUCUUCUGUCGCACUGUAACUCCUGCUUGAACCCGAUACUUUACGCUGCCAGCAACAGCCGCAUCAAAGCCGCAAUGAAGCACUUGGUUCUGAAGGCUCUGAAUAUCCAAAAAGAAGGCAUCCAGAUAGUGGGGUCCAGCUCAGUGACGCUCGAACCGUUUCACGAUUUGCCCAGACCAGAUGAAGGGAGAGAGUCGAGUUUGAAAUCAAGAGAAUAUGUAGCUGCCACAUAUUGACAUGAGUUAGAGUCAAGUGUCUAGAGGAAAGUUAUUGGAUAGCUCAAAGUUAUGCAAUUGUGAAACAGUGUUGGAAAGAAAUUCAGUUUCAUUCGACAAAGUUUUAAGCUUUCUAAGUUUGGGCUGUUUAAAUCUCACAGUCCUACAUGUUUUUGUUUGUCAGAUCAAGUGUUGAACAAUAAAGACUGACGUACACACAGAGAGGACAUUAGUAAAAGUACAAUGCAAACAUCUGUAACAGUACAAUGCAUACAUCUGUAAGAGUACAAUGCAUACAUCUGUAACAGUACAAUGCAUACAUCUGUAACAGUACAAUGCAUACAUCUGUAGCAGUACAAUGCAUACAUCUGUAACAGUACAAUGCAUACAUCUGUAACAGUACAAUGCAUACAUCUGUAACAGUACAAUGCAUACAUCUGUAAGAGUACAAUGCAUACAUCUGUAACAGUACAAUGCAUACAUCUGUAACAGUACAAUGCAUACAUCUGUAACAGUACAAUGCAUACAUCUGUAGCAGUACAAUGCAUACAUCUGUAACAGUACAAUGCAUACAUCUGUAACAGUACAAUGCAUACAUCUUAACAGUACAAUGCAUGCAACAGUAACAGCACUAGCGGAUGUGGAGGUGGGGGGGGGGGUAGGGAUGAUCUCGUUAUCCCCCCCCCGGCCCCCCACCCUCCACACGCGGACGAAUUUCAGCAGAGAAAUCACACCAUUUGUAUACGAAUCCUUUACUUACGUAAAUAAUAUAUACAAAUAGUUUAUAUUCUAACCAAUUUUCAGACUAUGUCGACUCCUCUUCUAGUAUGUUGAUGGAUUUGGUGGGGUGAAUUGUUUUAGUAGAAAUUAGUUUGUUAACAGAAUUAGUUCCAUAUCUAUGUGAUAUAAGCAAAUUAUAAACAAAUUAUUGAUAUUUAACAAAUCUUUAUAUUAUGUCGCCCCUUCUGAUAUAUUUGCCAUUUCGGUGGGAUGAGGGGAGAUGAUAACAUCAUUUGCUUUUUGAUUGUGGGGGAGGCGGUCCAAUUUUAUGUAGACAUUAUAAUUUGUGGACGAAAUUAGUUAAACAUCGAUAUAAUACAAUUUUUAGAUUAUGUUUCUUUCCUAUGAUAUGUUGGUCAAUUCGGUGGGGUGGAGGACAAUUUCAUCUACUGCUAUCCCUAAUCCAAACCUGUGAGUGGGGGAGGGUGCGGUCCAAUUUUUAUGCAGAAAUCAUAGUUUGUGAACAAAAUUAGUUGAACAUCUAUAUAACAUAAGCUACUUAAUGAUAUUGAAACCCAUUUUGUAUAUUCUGUCUCACAACACUCUAAUCUCAAAUUAAAUCAUAAGUAAAUAAAAAAUGAAAUGUGUUGGGUAUCAGUUGGGAAAAUGGGAGGGUCGAUAAACCGAACAGACCAAAAUACUUGUUCUUUGUAUUAUAGUGAAGAAAUUAUUUUUUUUUUUUACAAAACAAUCAGUCUCUAAUAUAAUGCUAUGUAUUAAAUUCUUAUAUCGAGUCGACCCGUUUUCUUUGAUGUCAAAUGCAAUCAUUAGCAAUAAUUAUAAAAUGGAGCGAGGAUUCUUAUAUGAUUAAUCGUUUUCACUCUAUCACCUCUACCCUUUUCCGACGAAACAGAAUAAACAGAGUAGUCAAAUAUGGCGACAAAGUCUAUGUAAUUGCGCAUGAACUUGUCAGAAUUAUUUAAAGAAAGACUUCUUUUAGGAAAAUGUUGACUUCAUGAGAAAGUAUAAGAGUAAAAGUGUAACAAUUGAGAUGUAACCAAAUUGUUUUUCGAAAAGUCACCUUUCCCAACAUUUAUUCCAUUUGAAAUUUUCUAUUGUAAAAAUACUUUUGCGAUUAUAACAUUCAAUUUAUACUUAUAUCCUAAAAUAAAAUAUAACAAGGCUAUAAAGACAGUUUGUGUGGAAACACAAACUCAAAGUCGCUCCCGAAGUGGUCCACACAGGCAGGUAAAAAGGCAGGUUUCAAUAUUUUGAGAAAGAAUAUCAGAAUGAAAUUCUAUCAAAGGCAAAUGACAGAGAAGAAUGGAGAAAGAAGGUAGACAGAUCUUGUGUGGUGCCCCAACGGUCCAGCAGACCAAUGGAUAGGUGAAAGUGAAGGUGAAGUAAGAUAUGAACCAGGCCUAACUGAUUUCUUAUAAUGACAAGUUACCGAUAGCAAAGACAAACAUACCCUGGCAAUCAAAUCAUUAAAUAGAAACAAUCUGAUAUAAACUUUGUCACAUGUAAAUU